AUGACAACAAUUGAACAACCUACAUCUGAAAUUUCUAAUCCAAUAAGAAUAUCAAGAUCACCUUCUUCAUCUAUUUCAAUUUCAGUUUCAAAUAAUUUACCUUUAUCAACUUCAAAUUUAAAUGGUGAUAAUUGGGUUAAUAUGGAAUUAGGAUCAAGUUCUCUAAUAUAUACAAAUCCAAAUCAAAAGAUUAGUUCACCUGUAGUGCCAAAAAUUGAAAUUGAAAGUUCUAGAAAUUCAAAUUUAAAUUUAAUAAAGGAAUCAUUGAAUUCUUUGAAUGAAAAUGUGACAAUAAAAGAUAAAAGACUGAAUUUAAAUAAGUUAUCAAAUCUAAUACAAGAAGUUUCUAAAGAUGAUCAAUAUUUUGGUAUAAUAAGUAAUGAACUAAGAAGUAAAAUAUGGAGUGAAUUUUUAAAUUUAUCAAACACAACAGAUCCUACAUUAAUAGAAGAAUCACAAACAAUAUCAUCAACAAUAAAAUCAAAAGAUUCCUCCAAAAUCAAUACAACUAAUAAUUCUGUUUUAUCAACCCCAACAACAUUAAAUAAUGGAAGAUUUUCUCCACAAAUUUUUCUUGAAAAUCUAAAUUCAGUUGAUUUACCACCUCAUAAAGAUGAAGAACAAGUUAAACUUGAUAUUCAAAGAUCAUUCACCAUUUUAUCACAUAUUCAACAACAAACCAUAUCAUCUUCAUCACUGUCAUCAAAACAUGAUACCCCUUGCAGUAACUUACCAAACCAUAGUGAUGAUGAUGAUGAUGGUGAAAAUGACCACUUCCUGGAAACUAUGGAAAAGGGAUCUUCUUUUGCUACUAUUUUCAGUUCUUCAGAUAUAAAUAAUUUAAAAAAAAUAUUAUUAAAUUUAAUAAUUAAAGUAUUAAGAAAAUAUCCAAGUUUAGAUUAUUAUCAAGGAUAUCAUGAUAUUGCAUCAAUUGUAUUAUUAAUAUGUUAUAGUAAUGAGAAUAAAAUUUCAAGUAGUCAUCAUCAAGAAUCAACAACUUCCAUCACAACAUCAUCAAUUGAAAAUAAUAUAGAUCAAGAAUUAGCUUUCAGAAUAUUGGAAAAACUUACAAUAUAUCAUUUAAGAGAUUUUAUGAUAUCUGAUAUAAAUUUAUCAGUAAAUCAUUUAAAAUUAAUACCAACAAUUUUAGAACUUUGUGAUGAUCAAAUUUUUGAACUUAUAAAACAAACUUCUCAAUCUUAUAAUAUAAAUCAAAAAGAAAAAUUUUAUGAUUAUAAAUUUUAUCAAGGAUUAUCAUCAAUUUUAACUUUAUAUUCUCAUGAUUUAUCAAAUUUAAAUCAUAUUUUAAUUAUUUGGGAUUUUAUAUUAAGUAAUAAUUCAGUUUUAAUUAGUAGUUAUAUUUAUGCAUCUUCAUUAAUUAUACUUAAACCCAAGAUUUGGGAAUUUUUACAGUUGGAGAAAGAUCAAAUGGAAUUUAGUGGUAUUGAUCAUGACUUAGUACAUACGGUACUAUCACCAUCCAAUUUGUUUGAUGGAUUAUCUGAUCAAGAUUUAUCUAAAAUUUUAAGUAAGUCUAUUGAUUUAUUGACUGAUUUUCCAGCAAAUAAUACUUUGAAUUAUAAGAAAUGGUUUGAAACUUACAAUGACCACUCAGUGCUAAACAACACAUCCAACCCAAAUUUAAAUAUUAUUGAUAUAGAAACAAAAUAUGGAGAUUUAUUAAAGGACAAUCACGAUUUAAUAGAUUUAGUACAAACUCAAAAUGAUGAAAUAAAUAGACAAACAAUUGAAGAAAUUCAAGAACAACAAAAAUUAUUACUAGAAGAAGAAGAAUUUCAAAAUUCAAAAAUAUCAUCAACUUAUGAAACUGAUCAAGAUGAAGAAGAAGAAGAAGAAGAAGAAAGUGAAAAUAAUUCACAAUUAAAUUCAAUGAGUUCUUCAUUAACUUUAAAUACAUCAUCAUCAAUUCAUAAAAUAAAAUCUUCAAGUUUUUUUCAAAAAUUAUUUAAAUCUUCACCUACUUCAGAUUAUGAUGAAGAUGAAGAUGAAAUUAUAGAGAUAAAUGAAAAAAAUACAAUCAAAGAAGACAAUAAAAAGAUUAAUACUAAACAAUGGAUUCUUCCCAAUUCCAUUUAUUCAAUAAUUUCAAUUAAUAAUAUAUAUAAAUUUGGUAUAGCAAUAGGUAUAAUUGGUGUUUUUUUACAUAUAAUAAUAAUAAAUAAACAUAAUUUAAUUCAAAUAUAUAAAGACAAUUUAAUUACCAAUGGUGGUGGACCACACAUAGUUAAUAAUUUACCACGUCAAAUUAUAAAUAUUGGUAAAAAUUUAUUUAAUAAAACUUUUCAACAAUCUAAUAAUAUUUUUCAAAUUGGGUCUGGUACUUUAAGGAAUUCAAUUUAUGGAUUUGAGAUAUAA